GUUGGUUCUGGCGCUGUUGGAUGCUUCUACGCCUCCAGACUUCAUAACUUGUCAGAUGGCGUCCUUGUGUCUCUUAUCUGCCGAUCCAAUUAUCAGGCUGUCAAGGAGCAUGGGGUCAGACUCCGCACGCGCUCCUAUGGCGAUUAUGUUUUCACCCCAGAAAAUGUAUUCAAAUCUGUGGAAGAUGCCCGCAAUCUGUUGUGGGAUUAUAUCGUGGUCGCUACCAAGGCCUUACCAGACGUCUCUGAUGACUCGGAACUUUUGUCAUCUAUCGUUACUCAAGACAAGACUACUAUAGUUCUCAUCCAGAAUGGCAUUGGUGUUGAACAGCCAUAUCGUGUCCGUUUCCCGAAUACACCUAUCCUCAGUGCUGUUACUGUCAUAUCCGCUGAGCAAACCGAGCCUGGAGUAGUUGUACAAAAUCGUUGGACACGCAUUAGCAUAGGGCCGUUUACCGAUGGGAAUGGUCGCGAUAAUGCCUCCCUGGCAGAGCCAUUCGCGUCCCUGCUGCGGAAAGGUGGCAUCAAAGAUGCAGAAGUCUACGAUGAGCAAGGUUUGCAGAUUGUGCGCUGGCACAAAAUAGCCAUCAAUGCCGCAAUGAACCCUUCCUCUGUUCUCUCGGGUGGAACACCAAAUGCUACGAUGGUCAAAGAUCCGGAACUUCGUUCUCACCUCACGAACUGCAUUGAGGAGGUGUUUAGGGGCGCCUCUGCCGUCACUGGCAUAUCUUUCCCACCCCCAACGCUUGCAACUGCAGAGCAGAUCAUUCGAAGCACGGAAAGGAAUGAAGGUGGGAGACCCAGCAUGCUUCUUGACUGGGAAAGGGGUGGCGCAAUGGAGUUGGAGGUUAUUUUAGGGAACCCCAUCCGCUUAGCCCUGGAGAAGGGCGUGGAGAUGCCAAGGUUGCAUGCAAUGUAUGCAUUGCUCAAAACCGCACAAUCAAGGAGAGAUACGAAGGGAUCAAAGUUGUAA